UCUUCUACUAGGUGGAUUUAACUUCUUAAACGGCAACUUUCUCGGGGAGAUGGAAUGUGAUCUCUUCGAGAAGACUCAUUUUAAUGAAAUUGGUAGUGUUUCGUCUGAUUUUUUGAACUAUGAGAAGUAUGAUAUAUCAGAAAAGGCAUUUGGCAGCCCCUAUCUACCAAAAAAGAGAGUUGCAGGUGCUACAAGAACAAUGGACAAAUUCAACUUAUUUGAUCCAGUCGAGUCCAGCUCGAAGCACCAUACCUAUGGAUAUGAUUGUGAUUUAAUGGCGGAUGUAAAAAGGAACCCGAAAGCCACAAGGAUUUCUGAUUUACAGGACAAAACGCACCAACGAGAUUGGUUUUGCUCUAUGGCAGACGAUGUCACAGACAACUUCAGCUUGUUGAGUGAAGAGUCUUGUUCAAUCAAUGCAGUAAGGGGCGAGGCAUUCGAUAGCACACCACUAAACUCAAAUCCGAAACAGAGCAUGGGAAGAGCCAUGGAUGAUGAUGCUGGCCCUGGGAACAGUUACAGCGUUAACAGUAUUUACUCCAGGGACCCACAUUACAAAAUCAAGGACGAAGAGCCAAAAAAGUAUGUGAGAAAAUCAAAUUCAUCGAAAUCCAAGCCAGUCCACCACACAAACUCUCCUUUCAUGGAAAAACCACAGCCAUUUAAAACCUGGUCGUUUGAGAAAGAAUGUAACUUCAGCUCUCCAUGUCAAAGUCCAGUUGCAGAUUGUCCAUUCAGAGGCUCUAUGCCUUGGAAUGAAUAUCCCUGCGCCGAGUCAUCUCUUCCCGAAUCCUCCUUCACAAACAAACACAUCGAAACCGUUCAUCUUCCUUCUAGCACUCUGAUCUCCAAAAGACCUUCCUUUCAUCCAUCAAAUAUUGCGACUGCAGUUCUCGAGCGCAACCCAUGUUCAAAUUCAAAAUUUGUACCUACGUACAAAAGCAUGACAGGGACUACAAGUUCUCAUGGAGAAGAUCAGAUUUCUCCUGUACUAUCAGCUCAGGGAAGUGUAGGUACAGGUGAAGAAAGUGAAUCCAAAGAUCCAUCAGUAGGAAGUGAAAAGGUUGAUUUUCAUGAAGACAAAUGCAACAGAGCUAGAAGCAAGGUCUGUGUAGAGGACACUAACGAAGAUUGGUUGGAUGAUUCGAAUCUUGAGAGGAGAAAUUGUGAUAGCAUCGGAAAUGAAACGGAAAAUGAAUCUCCAGAAGUGGAGAAUUUGGAAGCCUCCCACGAUUCUGACCAUGUAAAAAAUGGUGGCAAAACCGACAAAUUUAACCCUGACGAUAAAGUUUCUGUUCCAUAUUCUAAAGAAGAAAAGGGUAAGCACUCAUUUUCUUUGUUUGCUUUUUUCUUUCUUAACUUGCAUGGUAAUUCAAUGGUAGCUAUAGGAUUGAUGAGGCACACUUGUAAAGUACAGAAGUAG